CCCAAAACCUGCUCCAAACCUCGGCCACGGCGGCCGGGCUCUGCCCCAGCGUGGCGAAGAUUUGGUGGGACGCCGGCAGAUAAACAUCCUUGAAAUACCGCACGGUGUCCGCGUCGGCGCCGGGGAACUCGGAGCGCGAAACCUCCUCCAUCAGCUUCAGCUCGAAGUCCGUGUUGACGGGACCCGGCUCUACCAUGGAGACGCUGUGGGGUGCAGGUCCCGCAUGGUGGCGAUUACUGGGGGGACCCCGAACCCCAAAAACCAGCUCAGGGGCGACCCCGGAUGCCAACCGGGUCAAGGUCAAGUGGGGACGAUGAUGUUCGUUAAGCUGCUUGGCAGUGCCCGUGGACGUGCUGCGGACGCUGGGCAUGCAGGAUGGCCGCGACGGCGUCACCGUCACCGCCGGCAUCUGUCCCCAGCGCCCGGGGACGCAAGACCCCGACUUGGCUUUCCGCGUGGACAACCGCACCCAGCUCAGCGCGCCCACCCGCCAGCUCUUCCCCGACGGCUCCUUCCCCGAGGACUUCGCGGUGCUGGCCACGGUGCGCGCGCGGCGCGGGGGACAAGCCUUCCUGCUCUCGGUGUACGACGAGCGCGGCGUGCAGCAGCUCGGUGUGGAGAUCGGCCUCUCGCCCGUCUUCCUCUACGAGGACCAGGAGGGGCGGCCCCCCCCCGAGCGCUACCCCGUGUUCCGCAGGGUCAACCUGGCUGACGGCAGGUGGCACCGCGUGGCGUUGGCCGUGGAGGGCACCAACGUCUCCUUGCUGGUGGAUUGUCACCUCCUGGCCACGCUGCCGCUGGAGCGGGGACCUCAGCCCCUCGUUAGCACCGAGGGGGUGACGAUUUUUGGGGCCCGGCUCUUGGAUGAGGAGGUUUUCGAGGGUGACGUCCAGCAGCUGCUGUUGGUGGCCGACCCCGAGGCCGCCCGCUCCUAUUGCCACCUCUACAUGCCCGACUGCCACCAGCCCCUGCUCUACCCGCUCAUCGCGCCCUUCCCGGAGGAGAGUGACCUGGAGCCCACGGCCGCCCCACGGAGGAAGGGCAGGAAGGGGAAAAGGAAGGGCAAGGGCAAGGGCAAGAAGAGGAGGAACAAGGAGCUGCCGGAGCAGCACGAGCCCUCCGCACCCUCCGUCACGGCCAGCCAGGCCAGCGCGCCCACGCCGACAGCGCCGUCCCCGGAGGAGAGCUCCGUGUCAGCCGUCCCCUCCAGCCUUGUCACCACCGUCAGCGUCACCCUGAACGGCACCGGCCCCUUCGAGGAUGCUGCUGAGGAGCUUGUGCUUGAACUUGAGGAUGGGGACGCUGGGGGUGGCAGCGCGGAGCUGCCGGGCUACGAGGACGACGGUGACGGGGACCCCGCGAGCCGGGAGCGGUUCGGCCCUGCCGAGCGGGAGGGGAUGGUGAUCCAGGAGCCCAGCCUGAAGGGGCAGAAGGGCGAACCAGCCAUCGUGGAGCCGGGUCGGCGAUUCGAGGGGCCGCCGGGACCCCCAGGCCCUGCGGGGGAGACGGGUCCCCUGGGACCACCGGGACCACCAGGGCUGCCCGGGGACCCCGGCGAUCAGGGUCCCGCGGGACGGCCGGGGCUGCCGGGAGCCGACGGGAUCCGCGGCCCCGCGGGGACCAUGAUCAUGUUGCCGUUCCAGUUUGGGGGGGACUCCCUCAAGGGCCCCACCGUCUCUUUCCAAGAAGCCCAAGCCCAAGCAAUCCUGCAGCAGGCGAAGCUCGCCAUGAAGGGCCCCCCAGGUCCCAUGGGGCUGACAGGCCGCCCGGGACCACUGGGUCUACCUGGACACCCAGGCCUGAAAGGAGACGCCGGGGACAUGGGGCCACGGGGUCCCCGGGGGUUGCAGGGGCUGCCGGGGCCACCGGGGAAACUGGGCAGACGGGGUCGCGCUGGAGCUGACGGUGCCAGGGGACUCCCGGGGGACACCGGCCCCAAGGGUGACAGGGGCUUCGAUGGGCUGCCGGGGCUGCCGGGAGAGAAGGGCCACCGGGGUGACGUGGGGAAGCCAGGACCAGCUGGCCCCCCCGGGGAGAAAGGAGCCAAGGGCUCCGAUGGCCCCCCAGGACCUCGGGGACAACCAGGGGAACCUGGUGCACGAGGCCUCAUCGGCACCCGCGGCCCCCCCGGCCCCCCCGGCACACCGGGUGCCAGCGGCAUCGACGGGGCACCGGGGCCCAAAGGCAACGUGGGAAUCCAAGGGGAGCCGGGACCCCCGGGACAGCAAGGGAACCCUGGGCCGCAGGGUCUCCCCGGCCCCCAGGGCCCCGUCGGGCUCCCGGGGGAGAAGGGCCCGCCGGGGAAGCCGGGGAUCCAGGGGGUGGCUGGGGCCGAUGGGCCCCCGGGUCACCCUGGCCGAGAAGGACCAGCCGGAGAGAAGGGCCUCCAGGGCCCCGUGGGUGCCCCCGGUCCCGUUGGUUACCCGGGACCCCGGGGGGUGAAGGGAGCGUUUGGUGUGCGGGGCCUGAAGGGCAGCAAGGGGGAGAAGGGAGAAGAUGGAUUCCCUGGCUUUAAGGGGGACAUGGGCCCCAAGGGGGACAGGGGGGACCAGGGCCCGCUGGGUCCCCGCGGCGAGGACGGUCCCGAGGGGCUAAAGGGACAGACGGGUCCCGUGGGGGAACCAGGUGCUCCUGGCCCCGCAGGCGAGAAGGGCAAACUGGGGGUGCCGGGUCUCCCGGGGUAUCCAGGGCGCCAGGGCCCCAAGGGCUCCACCGGCUUCCAGGGUCCCACAGGGCUGGCGGGCGAGAAAGGCAAGAGAGGCAAGGCCGGCCAGGCCGGGCAGACGGGACAGCGGGGGCCACCGGGUCUCCCGGGGGAGCGGGGGCUGCCCGGCCCCACAGGGAAACCCGGCCCCAAGGGAGAUCCUGGCCAUGACGGGGCCCCCGGCGCUGUGGGCGAGAAGGGUCCCCAAGGUCCCCAGGGCCCCAAUGGCUUCCCAGGCACCAAAGGGCCCCCGGGUCCCCCCGGGAAGGACGGUUUGCCAGGACAUCCGGGCCAGCGCGGCGAGCCGGGGUUUCAUGGCAAAACCGGCCCCCCCGGCCCCACGGGGGUGGUGGGACCGCAGGGUAAAUCAGGCGAGACGGGGCCCGUGGGGGAGAGGGGGCACCCCGGCCCCCCCGGCCCCCCCGGGGAACAGGGCUUACCCGGCGGCGCCGGCCGAGAGGGAGCAAAGGGUGACCCCGGCCCCCCCGGCAGCCCCGGGAAGAGUGGCCCCCCCGGCACCCCCGGCUUCCCCGGCACACGGGGGGCACCCGGAGAGACGGGUCCGCCUGGCCUGAAGGGGGGAGAAGGGCCCCCCGGCCCCCCCGGCCCCACAGGUUCCCCUGGUGAGCGAGGCCCCACGGGGGCAGCUGGAGGCAUCGGGCUGCCGGGCCGGGGGGGUGCGCAGGGCCCCCCCGGUCCCAUUGGCGAGAAGGGCUCCCCGGGCGAGCGGGGGCCCGUGGGACCGGCCGGGCAGGACGGGAUCCAGGGUCCUGGGGGGCUCCCAGGGCCAAGUGGCCCCCCCGGCCCUGCCGGGGAGGAUGGGGACAAGGGUGAGAUGGGGCUCCCCGGCCAAAAGGGCAGCAAAGGUGACAAGGGCGAUGCGGGCCCCCCCGGACCAACAGGGAUCCAGGGACCCAUGGGGCACCCCGGUCCUGCGGGAGCGGACGGGGAGCCGGGGCGCCGGGGGCAGCAGGGGAUGUUUGGGCAGAAGGGGGACGAGGGAUCGCGGGGACACCUGGGCCUCAGCGGCCCCCCCGGCCUGCAGGGCAUGCCGGGCCCCCCCGGCGAGAAGGGCGAGAAUGGAGACGUUGGCCCCAUGGGUCCCCCCGGCGCACCGGGACCCCGUGGGCCACAGGGACCCAGCGGUGCCGAGGGCCCCCAGGGGAUGCCGGGCGGCGUGGGGCAGCCGGGCGCCGUGGGAGAAAAGGGUGAACCGGGUGAAGCGGGAGACCCCGGAGCCCCAGGGGAGCCCGGACCCCCCGGUGUGAAAGGGGACGUGGGGGAGAAGGGGGACGCGGGGCCAUCGGGGGCAGCGGGACCCCCCGGCAAGAAGGGGCCACCGGGAGACGACGGAGCCAAAGGCAACGUGGGUCCCAUCGGCUUCCCGGGUGACCCCGGCCCCCCCGGAGACCCCGGCGUGCCGGGGCUGGACGGCGCCGCUGGAGAGAAGGGUGACAGUGGGGACCCCGGUUUGCCGGGUCCCCCAGGAGCAUCAGGGGAGCCGGGUCCCCCGGGCCCCCCAGGCCGGAGGGGACCCGUGGGACCGACGGGGCGCGAGGGCCGGCAGGGCGAGAAGGGUGCCAAGGGACAACCAGGCACCGAGGGGCCACCCGGGAAGACGGGCCCCGUGGGGGCACAGGGACCACCGGGCCGGCCGGGCCCCGAGGGGCUGCGGGGGAUCCCCGGCCCCGCCGGUGAACAAGGCUUGUUGGGGGCUCCGGGCCAAGCGGGACCCCCCGGUCCCCUGGGUCCCGUGGGUUUGCCUGGCCUCAAGGGAGACCCCGGCCACAAAGGAGACAAGGGCCAUGCUGGCCUGAUCGGGCUCAUUGGGCCACCGGGAGAGAUGGGGGAGAAGGGGGACCAGGGGCUCCCCGGCAUCCAGGGCCCCCCCGGACCCAAAGGAGACCCUGGUCUGGCUGGCCCCACCGGCCCCACCGGCCCCCCCGGCCCCCCUGGGCUCUCGGGUCCCUUGGGGCAGAAGGGCUCCAAAGGCUCCCCGGGUGCUCUGGGUCCCCGAGGCGACACCGGCCCCCCCGGCCCCCCGGGACCGCCGGGCCCCCCGGCCGAGCUGCUGGAGCCGCUGCCCUCGAGCCGGAGGCACCGGCGAGCGGCCGAAGGGGCCGGGGGGGAGCAGCAGGGCCCCCCCCGCGGCACCGAGGGGCUGGAGGAGGUUUACGCGGCGCUCAGCUCCCUGCGCGGCGACGUGGAGCGGCUGCGGCGGCCCCUGGGCACCCCCGAGAGCCCCGCGCGCGUCUGCCGGGAGCUCCAGCUCUGCCACCCGCAGCUCCAGGACGGCGAGUACUGGAUUGACCCCAACCAGGGCUGCUCCCGCGACGCCUUCCGCGUCUUCUGUAAUUUCACCGCCGGCGGCGAGACGUGUCUGUUCCCCGAUAAAAGAUUUGAAUCGGUCCGCCUGGCCGCCUGGAGCAGGGAGAAACCGGGGACGUGGUACAGCACCUUCAAACGGGGCAAGAAGUUCUCCUACGUGGACGCGGAUGGGAACACCGUCCCCGUCACCCAACUCACCUUCCUGCGGCUCCUGAGCGCCGGCGCCCGCCAGAACUUCACCCUCCUGUGCCAAAACGCCGCCGCUUGGUACGACGGCCGCGCCGGCACCUUCGCCCGCGCCCUGCGCUUCCGCGGGGCCAACGACGAGGAGCUGGGCCACGGCCACCCGGCCACCCCCGUGCGCGCCCUCCACGACGGCUGCCAGGGCCGCCACGGCCAGGAGCGGACGGUGCUGGAGGUGACGUCGUCGCGCGUCGAGCGGCUGCCCCUGACCGACGUGGCCGUCCUUGAUUUUGGUGACACCAACCAGAAAUUCGGCUUCGAGCUGGGACCCGUCUGCUUCACGGGCUGAGCCCCCGACACCACGUGGGGAGGGACGGGUUGUUUUUUGGGGGGGGGGGGUCUCCGGUCCCUCUGCCACCCCCCCUGCGCCAGGGACAGCGACCCAGCGCCUGCUCUGGCAAACUCAGGACUCGGAGCCGCCGCGGUGCCGUCCCCUCCUGCCCCCCCUUAUUUAUACUCCGGCGGGGGGGACGUGGGGUGGGGCACCCCAGUCUGGGGGAGGGUUUUGAGCCGGGUCCCCCCCCCCGUGGUGCUAAAACGCUCCCCAACAACCCCCUUAGUGAAGCACUGGAUGUGGCGACGCCACCAGUCGGCCCAAUGCCCGGGGGGGGCCUAAUCCAGCCCCCCCAAAGUGUCCCCAUGUCCCCAGGCCAGGACAUGAGCCGGGGGGACUUCGGGGGGGGUGUUAAACCUCCUCCUUCACCCCCUAACGCUCUGCCCCUCCGUGGGGCGGCGGGGGGAGCCCCCGUCGCUUUGGGGGGGUCACGGCACAGCCCGUCCCCCGCGGCAGAGGGGACGUGGGACGGGGUUGGGGACACGCGCGGCUCAGCCCCGCGCCCGGUGCUGUCGCGGUUACUGUACGAUAAACCGACUGUAUCGAA